AUGUACAACAUGAUGGAAACCGAGCUGAAACCUCCCGCCCCCCAGCAAACUUCGGGGGGAGGCACAGGCAACUCUAACUCGGCCGCCAACAACCAGAAGAACAGCCCGGAUCGGGUCAAGCGCCCGAUGAACGCGUUCAUGGUGUGGUCCCGAGGGCAGCGGCGGAAAAUGGCCCAGGAGAACCCGAAGAUGCACAACUCCGAAAUCAGCAAACGGCUCGGGGCGGAGUGGAAACUUUUAUCCGAGGCGGAAAAGAGACCCUUCAUUGACGAAGCCAAGCGGCUCAGAGCUCUGCACAUGAAGGAGCACCCGGAUUAUAAAUACCGACCCCGGAGGAAAACCAAGACCCUCAUGAAGAAGGAUAAGUACACGUUGCCAGGGGGUUUACUGGCACCGGGCACAAAUACCAUGACGACUGGGGUAGGGGUUGGGGCCACCUUGGGAGCUGGGGUGAACCAGAGGAUGGACAGUUACGCGCACAUGAACGGCUGGACCAACGGAGGCUAUGGGAUGAUGCAAGAGCAGCUCGGCUACCCACAGCACCCGGGCUUGAACGCGCAUAACGCGGCGCAGAUGCAGCCCAUGCACCGCUACGACGUGAGCGCCCUGCAGUACAACUCCAUGACCAGCUCGCAGACUUACAUGAACGGAUCGCCUACCUACAGCAUGUCUUAUUCCCAGCAAGGAACCCCGGGUAUGGCCCUGGGCUCCAUGGGCUCGGUGGUCAAGACGGAAUCCAGCUCCAGUCCCCCCGUAGUCACUUCCUCGUCUCAUUCAAGGGCUCCUUGCCAAGCUGGGGACCUUCGGGACAUGAUCAGCAUGUAUCUACCAGGUGCUGAAGUACCAGAACCAGCUGCCCCAAGCAGACUUCAUAUGUCCCAACACUACCAGAGUGCACCUGUUCCUGGCACAGCCAUUAAUGGCACACUCCCUCUAUCACAUAUGUAA